AUGAAUAUUGAGGUCGUUGAUAAUGCCUUGCAAGUAUUAGACGUCUUUGCGAGCGAUCUGGUAAUGUUUCAAUAUGAUAGAUCGAAUCGUGAAGCUAAGAAGUCGGAGUUGGCAUUUGCUGUGGAAUUGGGGUUGGAAGGUUUGAAACAGCACCUCAACUCUGAAACUUCAUGCUCUGUUGGAGCAUCGUUCACAAACAUCAGGAUGGCUAGAGAUGCGACCAUUACGGAGGGUGGAAAAGCUGAAUUGGUCGCCUUCUACGUCGACCUCACUUUACCGGUGAUUUCCUCAGUCUUAUUAAGUGAAGUGCUGUUAGCCGAAAUCCUAAUCGGGACGCAUAUCAAUAGUAUGUUAUGGCUGAAAGAAGACAUCAAACGAGAAUGCAAAGACCGGAAGAGCAACUCCCGUGUAGGUGACUUAAGCAAGGAGGAACUACCCUUCUCUGGGAAUAAUUGGCCUCUCGAAUACAUUUCCACUUGGCUGAAACUCAAAUGGGGAAUAUCACAGAGACGAGGCGACCUUUAUACCAUUAUCGGAAUCAUUUUACAACAUAUAUUGGAACCUAUUAAUCGAAAAUACAGCAGUAGCCCAUUAGUUAAAAAUCGUCUCGUAAUCGCCAUUCCUGCAUAUUUCACCCUAUUUUGGCAGGACCUUAGAAAUAUUUGCUAUGUGAGCCAAGUAUAUGGUGCCCUUAGGAGCUGCGAGCUUCCACAAUUGAGCCUUCAAGACUCAAUCAUAUUUCGGUUUAGUAGUUCGUUAACCGUCUUUGUGAACCUCCUCGCUGUUGGUGUUGGAAUUACAGCCAGAUAUUUCCUCAAUGAAAAUGGACAAGCUCUUGGGCGCAUCCUGCACUUUAACACCGGUGUACAUUCGAGAAUCGUAUGCAUCUCACCAUACAAUCAAUUCAAUCCAGUUCCUCAUGCCUCUGGUGCUCCUCCUAGCUUCACAGUGAAGCUUCCGAUAUUGAAGCAUGGUCGACUUCAUGACCAAUUGGGCAUAAUUACCCAUCCAUCUUGCAGGCAAGGUCAGGGGAUUCCACGCUAUGCCUAUGGGACAUUGUCUUCCACACUUCUCCUCGAAGUGGAACUGUGGAAUAUGGUAACUGGUGAGUGCCUACAUUUCCUUGAAGCGUACUCGUUAUAUUACGUAUGUAGGCGAUUACAGAUCGCUGAGAUUCCGAGACCAAAUUCUUUACUCAAACUCAUACUUACCAUGCUAUCAAAUACUAUAGAAUAUGGUGAAAGUAUUGGUCUGUUAAAAUUCUUGCUGGAAUUGGAUAAGCUUAACAGCGACGGCCAUAAUUUCUCUGUUCCCGGCGAUACCCCAUUCCCCAACCCUUGUAUUUUUCGGUCUCUAACUUCAUACCCUGUUGUUAGUUUUCAAUUUCGUAACCACCUUACCGUUGUGCUCAUAACCUACGAGUUUGUUGAUCUGGAAAGGCUACUAAUGAAAUUUAUUGAAUACUUCAGUCUGGUAAAAGGCAUGGAGUGUAAUUCUGAGAUUCUGCGGAGAGCUGAGUGGUUGUGCAACCUCAAUUCGACUGACUCAUCUAUGAAGCUGCACUCCGCCAUCUCGUUCUCGUCGUAUCGUCGUACAAUCUUGGCAAAGCCUGUGUUCCGCAUUUCCUGUAGAAUCGCUUGUUCCCUUUUUGAGAAGGUCGAAAAAUCGUCUAUCCAACCCCCUCUUUCCAUCAAUUCAAAUCCCAAUCCCAAUCUCAACCCAAAAAUGGCACUUCUCACCGGCCCCCCGCCAACCCACAACCCCUCCAACCUCCCAACGCUCCCAACAGAACUCCUCAUGCAAAUCUCGUCUUACCUUCCCCGCAGCUCAAUCGCAUGUCUAGCCUUCACAACUCGGCGCAUAUACUCCGAUAUGGAUUCCUCUGCGUUUUCAAAAGUUCAAGCCGGCCGCAGGUUGGCUUACAAGAAGGAUUAUAUAAGGCUCCUUAGGCUGCUUGAGAGAGAUAGAGAGGCCGAAGGAUUAUGGUAUUGUGAUUUCUGCGUGUCUAUACACGAAAGCCCUGACCACGGCGUCCCAUAUACGAAUAGCGGCCGCGAUGACGCUAUCCUUCUUACUGUGUAUGCACCCGCGCAUCUCAGUUCUGUGCAGGUACCCUCGACGGGGAACCGGAGUAAUGGCGGGGGUGUGCUUGAGAAGAAAAACGAAGAGGAGGGUGGUAGUGUUAUUUCCCGAGUCUACGACCUUGAUGUAACGUUGGCGGGAGCUAGGGCGAUGAGAACCCCACGCUGGAAGGAAUUCUGUUAUAACGUGGGGAUAUGUAUUUCAAGGUUUAGGGAGAGGGGGAGGGUAUUAUUGUACUUUCCAGCCUGCUCUGGGGAUGAGGGAUGCGAAGGCGAGGUUGAUGAAGGAGAAGAGGAGGAAGAUACCGGAGGGUUCGAAGAAGUAGGGUCCGAGAUCCACGAUUUGUUCUCCGACACCUUGAGCCGUUCAUCGCAAAAUCCAUCGCUAGAGCCACCUCCCUCCUUCACUGCGACAUAUUUUUAUACUGCAGAAGCUCGGGUCGUCAGAAUAGAAGCCCAGGUCGACGCUAACAACACCACAGAAUACCAGGGUACUACUACACCAGCUACCCUAACCUCAAAUAGAGAAAGCUGUUUCAUACACCUAACAAACUACAAAAUCCUCCUUUCUACCCCCCUUUCUUCCCCGAACCAACCAGAACUAGAACCACUGCACAACUUCCGCCAAGCACUUCACUGUCUCCGUAUACAGCAAUGUCACCAUUAUAUCUCAUCGUCUCAUAUGCACGACACAAUUUUGGGCCGGUUGCAGAGGAUGCUGUUUGGCGCUGGCGCCCAGGAUAGUAUAGGUGGUGGCACCGGCGGUAGAGAUGAAGAGGGAUGGUGUGAAUGUGGUUGUUUAUUUGAUGUUGAUGUCAGGACUGUUGGGGGGUUUGGAGCCGAGGUAAAGAUCUAUAGAGUGUUGGGAAAGAAGGAGGGGUUGAAAUGUGCGGAUGGAGGGGUGAGGUGGCUGUGGGAGAGGGGGAAGAAGAGGAAUACGGAGCUAAGAUAUAGAGGUUGGGAGAUAAUGUUUGAGAUUGUAUUUGGGGAAGGGAUUUGUAGGCAGUUAACGAGCAAAUCGUGGUUAAGACUUAUUUCCAUUAUCCUGAUCCGUCAUCAUGGUAUGGACAUUGAACGAGCAUAUUUACAAUUCAAUCUACACCCACAUUCAACUCCUUUCUCUGUCCUAGCUGGCAUGCAUGCAAUCUUCACUCUGUCCUCCUAA